CUGCUGGCGGCGCGGUGCAGGCUGGGAUGUGAGUUCCCCCCAGCCCCAGGCCGCCGUCAUCAUGGUGGGCACCUACUGCUGCGUCCCGGGAUGCUUCAAUAACACGCUCAAGAACAAGGAGCUCUCCUUCCACAUCUUCCCCAAGGACGAGACGCUGCGAGGUGUCUGGAUCCGCAACUUGUCGUGCCUGGACGAGAGGAAAUUUAGCGUGUGGCAGCCGAAAGCCCAUCACAAAGUGUGCGACGCUCACUUCGCAGGAGGCAAGAAGACCUACAUGAACAAUGUGCCCAUCGUCUUCCCGCUGAAGGCCGAGAGAGUCCGCAGGAAGGAGCAGGCCAGCCAGUCCUCGCCCUCAGGUCAGCUGACACACGGUGGAAACCAUUUUAACAAUCCCCAGAAUGUCUUGGCAUUUCAUAAGAAGGCAAAACAAAAGUAUGGCCAGAGACAACACAAGAACCUUCCAAAAAUAAUUAAAGUUCCCUUUGCUGGUCCUACAGUUCAGAAGGAAGGAUCAGUUGUUACAUCUUUAUCAUUGAAUCAUCAAGAAGGUGAAGAUGAAAGAGCACGUUUUGAGGCUGCACAGACACUACUGGAUAUCUUCAAAGUUAAUUCGGGCUGUGAGGGCGUUCAGAUGACCUCUGUGUGUGAGGCAUUGCAACAAAUAAAUGAAAAGCUGAAUACGGAGAUUGCUGAUUUAAAAGAUGAACAUGGGUAUCUCCAGGCAGAAUAUAAUCAAAUUAGCAGUCAGUUGAAGAGAUUUAAAGGUGGUGAAUCCAAAUGUUGCAGUCAGAUUCCACUUUAUUCAACAUCUCCUUGGUUGCAGAUUAAAGAAUCGGGUGAAUGUAGUGAAGUUCAGCCCAGUGUUUACUCAAAUGGCUCUACUGAUUGGAGUAUAAAGACAAGAAUCCUCAUUACGUCACCUACUCCUUUAUCCUGGGCAAAAGCAUAUAACAAAGUGUUACCAGACAGUGGAUUCAUAAACGGAACGGCAAUAAAAGGCAAAGAAGUUCACAUUAAACAGGAACCUGAUGAUAGCCCAACAGCAACAUGUGCCUUCCAACAAAGUCUGAGAUACUGGAUGUACCCAAGGUUGCCCUGGCUGCAGCUUUUCCCAAGAAUUGGAGUUAACAGUGUAUCAGUUGAUGAUGCCUUACAGUGGAAUCCAGAUUACAAGAUACAGAAUAUUCUAAUGAAAGACUGGUUGUCAACCUUUAGCUCACUCUUUGACCUUCUGCAAUCUGGUCAUUGCCCUUUCUUUUAUAUCUGUACAUACCAAUUCACAGUACUCUUCAGGGCUGCUUUUGAAUCCAGAAGAGAAUCAAUUAUUGCCUUGUUGUAUCCAGCAAGUGUGGAAGUUUUGGAAGCGAUGAGAUUGUCAGAAGUUGUCUUUUCAACAUAUUUGGUGGAGCACUCUCAGGAAGGUGGUCACAUGAAUCUUUCUUUGCUAGAAGGGCAUGGAUUAACGCAUCAUAAACCAGCUUUCCUAAAUAAUGAAGGAAGUGUUAACCAAACCAACCAUACACAUUCUUUAUGGAUUGAAAAGACUUCUGUGACAGAAUCUGAGGAAGGUUUUGCUACAGAAAACUCAUCAGGAUGCUAUCUACAUCAUCAACAACAGGAUAAGCAGCUUAAAUUCCUAGUUGUUGUUGAAGGGUCCUCUGCAGAGUCCUUGAUCACUUUUUUAAUGAACUCGUCACAUACAGUUGCACAAGAGGGUGUACAAAGAGGCCUGCCACCAACAUUGCUUUGCCCAGUUGCCUUCCCUGGAGCUUCUUUGCAAUUGUUACAGGUUGCCAAUACAUGUGGAAAAGUCAAGAGUUGCCUUGGUUCUAUCGACUCAAACAGUUUAGAGAUUACAGGUCCCAUUCUUCCUCACUCUAUAGACUGUAUUAAUCGCAUUCUCCAGUCUAAUGAACAUGGUGAAACAGUAACUGUUGUUAAUGUUCAUGAGUGUACCUCUGUCUUCAAUGUAAAUUUACCUAGUUAGUAUUUGGCUUUUGACUAAUAUUAUGGAUGCUAAUAUAUCAUUAACAUGGCAUAUGAAGGAAACCCAUUGGAUAUGAACUGUUAUUAAUAGUUUCACAUUUUAGUAUAUCCUUUGAGGCUAAGUUAUUGCAAAGCUAACAAAAUAAUUGGAAAUGGAUGGAAAAAAUGAAUAUGCUCAAAAUAAGGACACUAAUCAUAGAUUAGUCACUAUGAAAUUUCCUUUAAGGCAAAAAUUGGCUCAUUGUGUAAAUUGCUAGUUACAUUUCCCAUUUACUGUUCCAAUUAUAAUGAAGAUUAAAUAU